UGAUGAUGAUGAUGAUAAUGAUGACGAUGAUGAUGAAGAUGAUGACGAUGAUGAUGAUGAUGAUGACGAUGAUGAUGAUGAAGAUGAUGUUGAUGAUGAUGAUG